ACCACAUCAAUGGCGUAGUGAAUUCUCGAAAUUUCUUUACUAAAGGGACGAAACGUAUUUUAUCUCGAGAAUAUUCCCUAUUUCAUUUCAAUUACGGCAAACACAAACCGAACGUUAAUUUCUUGCACAAGUGAUUGAGAGACAUUUUCUUUCAAAACAAAUACAAUCAACAUCAGAAUUGAACGGAAACAAACAAAAGUGUGAAGCGAAAAAUUGUGUGUGAAUAGAAACUACAAAGUGAAUCAAAAGUUAAUUUAUUUUUGACUGGAAAAAUGUCUGUUAUCGGUAUCGAUUUCGGCAACGAAUCCUGCUUUGUUGCCGCUGGACUGUCGGGAGGCAUUGAAACUUUGGCCAAUGAUUACAGUUUACGUGCAACACCGUCAUGUGUCGCAUUUGCUGGCAAAAAGCGAAUUCUUGGCGUUGCGGCCAAAAAUCAACAGGUCACAAAUAUGAAAAAUACAAUCAGUGACUUCAAACGAUUGCUCGGCCGAAAAUUCAACGAUCCACAAGUGGAGCUCGAAUCAAAGUUCAUACCAUACCGAUUGGAACCGAGACCGGACGGUGGCGUCGGUAUUCGCGUCAACUAUUUGGAUGAGGAGCAAGUUUUCUCGCCGGAACAAUUGACCGCAAUGCUCUUCACUAAACUAAAAGAGACGUCCGAAACAGCACUGCAGGCCCAAGUCAACGAUUGUGUGAUUGCUUGCCCAAUAUUCUUUACAAAUGCUGAACGUCAGGCACUAUUGAAUGCUGCGAACAUUGCCGAUUUGAAUGUGUUACGUUUGAUUAACGAGACCACUGCCGUUGCCUUGUCAUACGGCUUUUACAAACAGGAUCUGCCCGCUGCGGAUGAGAAACCGCGAAAUGUUAUUUUCGUCGAUUUCGGCAAUGCAUCGUUGCAAGUGUCAGCUGUGGCCUUUAACAAGGGAAAACUAAAAAUGAUUUGUAGUGCCUGGGAUCAAAUUGGAGGACGUGAUUUUGAUGCUAUCUUGGCGGAUAAGUUUGCGCAAGAUUUUCAAGUCAAAUACAAAAUUAACGCUAAGACAAACCCGCGAGCUUAUUUGCGAUUACUGAGCGAAGUAGAGAAAAUAAAGAAACAAAUGUCGGCGAACAGCACGAAGCUACCACUGAACAUUGAAUGUUUUAUGGAGGAAAUUGAUGUUCAUUCCAGUAUGGCUCGUUCGGAAAUGGAAGAACUUUGUGCGCAUCUACUGAAACGCACCGAGCAAACAUUCAUGAAAUGUUUUUCAGAUUCAAAAUUGUCACCAGAGGACAUCUACUCUGUCGAAGUAGUGGGUGGCAGCACUCGCAUUCCAGCUGUUAAGGCAUUGAUCGAACAAAUAUUUCACAAGCCCGUUAACACAACAUUGAACCAAGAUGAAGCCGUUUCACGCGGUGCUGCAUUACAGUGUGCAAUUUUGUCACCGAAAGUGCGUGCACGUGAAUUCAGUGUCGUCGACAUUCAAAACUAUCCCGUUAACAUUAGCUGGGACGGUGAAAGUGGUCAAAGUGGUGAAAUGGAAGUAUUUUCUGCAUUCCAUGCUGCGCCGUUUAGCCGCCUGCUGACAUUAUAUCGACGAGAACCAUUCAAUAUGCAAAUUACCUAUUCGGAUCCGGCCACAUUUCCCGAUCCUGUCGUAGGUCGUUGGCACGUUAAAGAUGUGAAACCGAAUGCUGCUGGCGAAUCUCAAGAAGUCAAAGUCAAAGUUCGCAUCGAUCACAAUGGCAUUCUAUUCAUUUCGAGUGCAUCAAUGGUGGAGAAAAGAGAAACUGAAGCUGAAAAUGGAGCUAAUGAGCAGAAUGACGCUACUGGCGAACAAAUGGAUUGUCAAGAGGAAGAAUAUCGGUACGACAAUAACAGUAAUCAACAGAAUAUAGCUGACUCUCCGACGGCACCAGGGUGGGCUCAGCGGGUUAAGGGAUGGUUUUCUUCGGGAACAAAUGACGAUCCCAAAAACAAGGAAAAGAAAAAGAAGGCCGCCGUCAAGAUGAUUGACCUUGCAUUGGAAGCGAAGACACAUGGCUUCACGAUCGACGAAUUACGUAAAUACCACGAAGAGGAGUCUCGAAUGAUACAAAACGAUCGCCAAGAAAAGGAGCGUGUCGAUGCACGCAAUGCAUUGGAAGAAUUCAUCUACGAUAUGCGUGACAAACUGGCCGAGGAGGGUGUUCUGUCCUCAUUUGUCGUUGACAAUGAUCGUCAAGGUAUCUGCUCGCAGCUGAACGAAUUGGAAAAUUGGCUGUAUGAAGAAGGAGAAGAUUGUGAUCGUGACACAUACCGCAACAAAUUAGAUCAUUUACAAGGAUUAACCGAUCCGAUAAAAGCCCGUAGUUUGGAAUUCGAAUAUCAACCGCGUGAUUUUGACGAAUUAGGUCAUUGCAUACAAAUGGCACGCAAAGCUGUCCUAGAGUAUCGUGAGGGUGCAACGAAAUACAAUCAUUUGACGGAAACGGAAAUACUAAAUCUAUCCGAAUCGGCUGACCGAGCACAAAAAUGGCACGACGACCAAAUAGGCAAAUUUCAGCGAUCGCCGAAAACGGUCGACCUGCCCGUCAAAUCAUCAGAGAUUCGUCACGAAAUUCAUACGCUAAGUCAAUGCAUGAAUUCUGUAUUGAAUCGACCAAAACCAAAACCACCAACUCCACCAGCGGAUCAACCAGCUGCCGAUAACAAACAGGCUAAAGAUGAACCAACAGCCGAACCGACACUAAGCGAAGAUAAAAUGGAAGUUGAGUAACAUGGUGAAAAAAUGUUGUCGUGUUGUCGAAAGAAAGAAUAGAGAAAGUGUGUGCGUGCGAUUGCGUGUGUGUGUGUAUAUGGAGUUUAUCAUCAAGUGAAUUCAACGUAAAAUUUGAAAUCAAAAGUAUGUAAGAAGAAGCCCAACCAUUCUGCUACCCAUUGUUAUAACAUUUAACAUCUCGAAAUUCUAAUUUGGUUUUAUAUAUAAAAGGCCGUCAAAUAAUUUGGUUUUCCUUUCCUCUUCGUUAACAUGAAUCUUUUUUGGGUCUAAUUUUCGAUGAAUAUUUCCAAUUGUAACAAAUUAAAAGAAAAAAACUUUUUUUUUAACUUAAGCGAAGCAUUAAUGCUUGUUCAAAAUUAGAUCGGAAAAAGUCUGCACAAAAAAUUAAAUUCAAAUUUAUCUGCGCGCUUUAUCAGUUGAAAUCAUUAAAAUCAUGAGAAUAAAACAAGAAUUUAAUUGAA